ACAUGUGUCGUAUGUUCCCGUGUCACACGUGUCAUAUGCUCCUGUGUCACACGUCCCCAUGUCACAUAGCUGUGUCACAUGUCACACGUGUCCCCAUGUCACACGUGUGUUAUGUCUCCAUGUCACUCAUGUCAUACAUGUCACAUGUCCUUAUGUCACACGUGUCCCCAUGUCACGUGUGUCUUAUGUCCCCAUGUCACACGUGUCAUGUUGCUGUGUCAUGUGUGUCAUGUGUCCGACUGACACGUGUCCCCACGUCUCACAUGUUCCUGUGUCACGUGUGUUGUAUGUCCCCAUGUCAUACACAUCCCAUGUCACGUUGCCGUGUCAGACAUGUCGUAUGUCCCCAUGUCACACGUGUGCCCCUAUGUCACGUUGCUGUGUUAAGCGUGUUGUCUCCAUGUCACAUGUGUCGUAUGUUCCCGUGUCACACGUGUCAUAUGUUCCCAUGUCACACAUCCCCAUGUCACAUUGCUGUCACAUGUCACACGUGUCUUCAUGUCACAUGUGUGUUAUGUCUCCAUGUCACUCAUGUCAUACGUGUCACAUGUCCUUAUGUCACACGUGUCCCCAUGUCACAUGUGUCUUAUGUCCCCAUGUCACAUGUGUCACAGGUUCCUAUGUCAUGUGUGUUAUAUGUCCCCAUGUCACGUGUUCCCAUGUCAUGUUGGUGUGUCACGUGUGUUGUAUGUCCCCAUGUCACACGUGUCCCCGUGUAAACAUGUGUUUCCAUGUCAUGUGUCAUAUGUUGCGUUGUCACGCAUGUCCCUAUGUCAUGUUUGCCGUGUCACACAUGUCCUUGUGUCACACGUGUCGUAUGUUCUCAUGUCACAUGUGCGUUACAUGUGUGUUACGUCUCGGUGUCACGCGUGUCCCCGUGUCUUAUUGUGCCGUGUGUCAUGUGAUGUCCUCGUGUCACCCAUGUUCUUGCGUCAUGUGUCACGCGUGUGUUAUGUCUCCGUGUCACACGUGCCCUUAUAUCACGUGUGUCACGUGUCACAUGUCCCCAUGUCACAUGGUUGUGUCACGUGUGUAGUAUGUUCUCGUGUCAUCCGUGUAGUGGGCGUGGCUUAUGCAAAUGAGGACCCCACGUGUUAACAUGGGGGGGGCGGGGCUUAUGCAAAUGACCCCACGUGUUAACAUGGGGGGCGUGGCUUAUGCAAAUGAGGAUAUUAUGUGGGCAAGGCCUGGGUUAGUGGGCGUGGCUUAUGCAAAUGAGGAUCUUGUGUGUUAUGUGGGCUGGGCUUAUGGGAGCAUUGGAUGUUGUGGGCGUGGCUUAUGCAAAUGAGGAUCCGAUGUGGGCGUGGCUUAUGGGGGGUAGUGGGUGCGGCUUAUGCAAAUGAGGACCGUGUGUGAUUA